UCAUAAUUCCAUCAGAGGCGCUUCACCACCUUCACUCCCAGCAUCCUCCCGUCCGUUCCUCCAUCUGUUCGACCGUGGAAGUAACCUUCAUUUAACACCGCGCCCAACGGCACAUAAACAUGGCCAGCAGCUUCUCCAGAAUCCUCUCCUCCAAGCGGAACGUCGGCAUCUUGUCGCUGGUCGGGGGCUCCGUGGCGGCGGGCUUUCUGCUCCGCCGGGAGCGCGCCAGCGCCGGGGAGCCUCUGCGCAGGAGGUACCCGGCCAGUGCGGAGUACCCUGACCUGCGCAAACACAACAACUGCAUGGCCAGUAACCUGACGCCUGCCAUUUACUCCAAGCUGUGCGAUAAGGUCACUCCCAACGGGUACACGUUGGACCAGGCCAUCCAGACGGGCGUGGACAACCCCGGGCACCCCUUCAUCAAGACUGUUGGCAUGGUGGCAGGAGAUGAGGAGUCCUAUGAGGUAUUUGCAGACCUGCUGGAUCCCGUCAUCAAAGAGAGGCAUAACGGCUACGACCCUCUCACAAUGAAACAUCCCACUGACCUGGACGCCAGCAAGAUUCAGUCGGGACAUUUCGAUGAACGUUACGUGCUGUCGUCCAGGGUGAGGACGGGCCGUAGUAUCCGGGGGCUGAGCUUACCCCCUGCCUGCACCCGGGCAGAGCGCAGGGAAGUGGAAAGAGUGGUGGUGGAUGCCCUCGCUGGCCUGAAAGGCGACCUGACCGGGAGAUACUACAGUCUCACCCAAAUGACGGAGAAGGAGCAGCAACAGCUCAUUGACGACCACUUCUUGUUCGACAAGCCCGUGUCUCCCCUCCUGACAUGUGCAGGCAUGGCUCGUGACUGGCCAGAUGCUCGUGGUAUUUGGCACAACAACGAGAAGACCUUUUUGAUUUGGAUCAAUGAGGAGGAUCACACCAGAGUUAUUUCCAUGGAGAAGGGAGGCAACAUGAAGAGAGUCUUUGAGAGGUUCUGCAGAGGCCUCAAGGAGGUGGAGCAUCUGAUCCAGGAGAGGGGCUGGGAGUUCAUGUGGAACGAGAGGCUUGGGUACAUCCUCACCUGCCCCUCCAACCUGGGGACAGGACUCAGGGCUGGAGUGCACGUUAAACUGCCCUUACUGGGCAAGGAUCCCCGUUUCAGUAAGAUCCUAGAUAACCUGCGUCUGCAAAAGCGAGGGACCGGCGGUGUGGACACUGCGGCUGUGGGUGGAACGUUCGACAUCUCCAACCUGGACCGCCUGGGACAUUCUGAGGUCCAGCUGGUGCAGACAGUGGUUGAUGGCGUCAACUACCUCAUUGAGUGUGAGAAGAAGCUGGAGAGAGGCCAGGACAUCAAGGUGCCCCCACCUGUCAAGCAGUUCAAGUAGACUCCGGUCCCUCAUCUCUACACACAGACUUCUGGGCACGUACACGUGCAAAAACACUCUGCUCAACGCCCUUAAAUAUUCUAGAUAUCUGUCCUUGCCUCAUUUAUCUCUACACCUGUCCUAUCUUAUCAGCCCCCCCCCCCCCCCCUGCCCCUCUAUAUACUCAAUAAUUUAAUCAAUAGAUGUUAUAUGUAACUAAACAAAGUUAGAGUCCAUGAACUUGGCUACGUUUAGCCCAAAGCAGAAUAUGAAACCAUGCUCCAAGAUCAGGUUCUCGUUUUGCUCUAAAACAGCAGCAGGCUGUGGGAAUAGUGGGGAGAUGUCAUAAUGGAGCAAAGAUCUCAAUCUGCAUGGCCAAAGAUUAUCUCUGGCUUUGCCCCCAAUCCACUCCUCAACCCAGCACACCCCCUUCCUGCUGCAUGUCCCGACCUCGGCCCGUUUCUGUCCCUCCUGUGUGCCGACGGCCUGUUUUCUGGUGCUUGUGUAGUUCAUCCAGCUGUGCUAUGCUCUCCGUUGUGGAUUGUGUGUACAUAGUUUAUUUUCAAACAUUUGAAUGUAGAUGUUCUGACUGAACUGUGAAGACUCGUGUUCAUGGCAUUAAAAUGUCCCAACGCACUGACGGAGUUGGGCUCUGUACCGUGAGCUCCUCAAGCAAUACGAUUUGAGCUGCAGCAGAAUGUCUGCCUGUAGUGUCUUUUAUUAAAGAAGCCAUCUAUUUAACAGAA